AUAUCUGGGAUCAAGAGACAGGUGAAGUACUACAGAAACUAAGAGGCCAUGCGGGUGUUGUGUAUGAUGUUGCUUGGAAUGCUAAACAAGGUAUGCUGGCCAGUUGCAGUGAUGACCAAACAGUCAAAGUAUGGUGGUAUGAUGAUUCGAUUCCAUUAGAUAUUUAAAUAAACGCAUUUCUUUUUCUUUAUUUUAUUUUUUCUUAUGGAAGCAAGUAUUCCUUUGGACAUAAGUCAUUGUACUUGUGCAAGUAUACGUGAUCAUGAGUUGGGCAUCGCUCCUUGUUGUUCUAAAGAUCACUGGAAUUAUGCUAUUAAACAAGUACGAAAAUCAGUCAUGUGUACAACAGCAGCCACCAUAUCCUCACCCGCAACACAUAUCGUUGCCUAUGAAAGAACAAAGCGAGAAAAAGACAAUCAAGAAAUGCCUACUGCAAAAGAGAUGUUGGGUACCAAUAACUAUUGCUUUAAUUCAGAAUUCUUAUCGACCAGAGACAUAUUUGACUAUCGACGAUCUCGCUCAGAGCAUUUGAUGUUUCGGUUAACACAUAGCCUGACAAAGAAAGAUCUGAAUCGCUCAUGUGUACGUCUUUCUCGAGGUAUCUUUCUAGUGCAGCAAGCAGGGGUAUCAGACACACCUGAUUCGAGUCUGUCUGAUUUUCUUGAUCCUUACAGUUUGAAUACGGGACCCAUCAACAUUGGUACAUUAACGAUGGAUGAACUAUGUCAAGACAUGAUCAGACAAGUGACAGAACAGACAACGAUGAAAACCACAUUCACGCCAUUUACAUACACAUUGGGUGUACGGUACACAAACCCUUAUGAACAUAUGCAUGAUGUCGUGAUUCAAGGAGAAAUCCCGCUUUGGUGUCAAACCUUGUUUAUCACAGAAUACAUGCGACAAUUACCGAUCCAGUUCAACAGCGUGGUGUAUGGCUUACUUCCGUUUGCCAAAGACAUUGGAUUUCGGUUUGUGCAGCUGCCUUAUGUGGAUUCAUACACGAAGGACAAAGAACCUUAUCCUGAAAUGAUCGUUUUAUUUGAACGUUUUGCGUUGGAAUUAGUGGAUCCGAACCUGUUAUUUGAAGACACGCCCAUGCGAGGCUCAAGUUGGCAAGAGAGAAAGACAGAGAUACUUCGUGCCAUUCUUUACUGUGAAAUACCAGAUGAUCAAGCCAAGGUGAUAACAAAUCUAGCCAACGCAUGGGCAUCUUCUCAAGAUUUUUUAUUAUAAUAAAGCUUUAUUUAUGAGGGUUUGCCAUACGACUAUAAUGAGGUAUAUUCAAGUAUCGCAUCAUACCAUGUUGAUCCACACCCACCAUUCUUUGUUCAGAGACGCCUUCUGGAUAUAUUUUCUCAAUUUCUUGAGACAGUUUAUG